GCCGCGCCCCGGGGCGGAGGGUGGAUGCGCCGCCCGGUCCGGGCGCUGAGGCUGCACUGACCCCCGGCCCGGGAGCCCCGAGGGGGGUCGUCAAUGGACCGCAACUCCGGCUCCAUCUUCAUCUGGCUGCGACUCGAGCUCUGCGCCAUGGCCGUCCUGCUCACCAAAGGGGAAAUCAGAUGCUACUGUGAUGCAGCCCACUGUGUGGCGACGGGCUACAUGUGCAAGUCGGAGCUUAAUGCCUGCUUCUCCAGGCUCCUUGACCCCCAGAACACAAAUUCCCCACUUACUCAUGGCUGCCUGGACUCUUUUGCAAGCACAGCAGAUAUCUGCCAAGCCAAACAGGCCCAAAACCACUCUGGCACCACCGUGCCCACACUGGAAUGCUGUCAUGAAGAUAUGUGCAAUUACCGAGGCCUGCAUGAUGUUCUUUCUCCUCCCAAGGGGGAGACCUCAGGACAAGGUGGCAGGUACCAGCACGACAGCAGCAGGAAUCUCAUCACCAAGGUCCAGGAGCUGACUUCUUCAAGAGAAUUGUGGUUCAGGGCUGCCGUCAUUGCCGUCCCCAUCGCUGGUGGGCUGAUUCUAGUGCUGCUCAUCAUGUUGGCUCUGAGGAUGCUUCGCAGUGAAAAUAAAAGACUGCAGGACCAGCGGCAGCAGAUGCUGUCCCGCUUGCACUACAGCUUUCACGGCCACCAUUCCAGAAAGGGACAGGUGGCAAAGUUAGACUUGGAAUGCAUGGUGCCGGUUACCGGCCACGAGAACUGUUGUAUGACCUGUGACAAAAUGAGGCAGACAGACCUCAGCAAUGACAAAAUCCUCUCACUUGUCCACUGGGGGAUGUACAGUGGGCACGGAAAGCUGGAAUUUGUAUGACCACGUUUUUCUGAGCUAAACUUGAUGAAAACUCUUGAAGGAAGGCCUUUGGUUUCUGCUGGACAGGAGCACUUUAUCUGAAGAAAAAUAAAACUCAGUCAUCCAUCUUCGAGAGACAAGACUGACCUCUGCAAACAGAAUCUUGGAUAUAUCUUCUGAAGGAUUCCAAAAGUUGUCUUAUUUGCACAGAUUAGAACACACUCAAAUGUAUUAUUUGCUUUGAAGUUAUAAAAGCAAAAAAGUAGAAGUUAUACACACUGUCACCAGGGUUAUUUGAGUUGUAAGGAGCUGAUAAUUGAGUAUUGAAAUAAACUGAACUCAGUAAGCAA